AUGGUCGUCUCCGAGGGAACGCAAACAAAAUGGGUUGGCGGAUUUUUAAAUAUAUUUACUUUGAUACAUUUGUUUCCUGUUUGCAUUUUACUACUUCUUUAUGAAAGAGAGAUAUCCGCAAUACGAUGUUAUCAAUGUGAUAGUAAUGAAGAUCAUUCAUGUCCAGCUAGAAGAUAUUUUGAUACAAGGCUGAAUGCCAUGAUUGAUUGUAAUAGUUUCUUAUCUUAUUCACCUGGAACAUUCUGUGUUAAAACUUAUCAAGAAAGUACUGGUUGGAAUUCAUGGAUAAAGAUAACGCGAAGUUGUGGUGCAAGAACUGAUUAUGAGAUAUCCGCAAUACGAUGUUAUCAAUGUGAUAGUAAUGAAGAUCAUUCAUGUCCAGCUAGAAGAUAUUUUGAUACAAGGCUGAAUGCCAUGAUUGAUUGUAAUAGUUUCUUAUCUUAUUCACCUGGAACAUUCUGUGUUAAAACUUAUCAAGAAAGUACUGGUUGGAAUUCAUGGAUAAAGAUAACGCGAAGUUGUGGUGCAAGAACUGAUUAUGACGUAGUCAGUCAUACUACACUAUUCUAUACAAAUACAACGAGGCUCCAGUUUUGUACUUCACUGUGCAAUGUGAUUUGA